UUUCAAAAGCGUGACUUGAAGUUUGAGCUUUCGAAAUAUACGUUUGGAAAUCGUGAUAACUUACAUUACAAUGGCUUCGGCUAAUGAAAUCGAUAUAAUAAGUGAACUACAAAAGAAACCCUUUUCUGUUCGACAAUCAGGCGAGCAAAAUAUACUCGUAAAGCAGCGGCCAAUUCCAAAUUUACAAGCGACUACAGGCAAUAGAAGCUUUCAGGAAAGUUGGUACUCGAAGAAAGAUUGGCUUUGUGGUAGCUCAGAAAAGAAUGCAUUGUUCUGUUGGCCUUGUCUUUUAUUUUGCCCUGGAUCGUCAUCUUCAUGGACGCAGACGGGAUUCAAAAACAUGAAGAAUUUCCUAUCCGAUUGUAAGAAGCAUGAGAAGGCAAAAUCGCACAUGGGUGCCUACAAGACCUGGAAGACCUACGGUUUUCAGCCUCGUAUCGACUGUAUCAUGUCACAAACUAGACGUGAAGAGAUUCAUUGUCAUAACGAGGAGGUUGAUGAGGCAACUGAUGUUUCUACCAAAGAACAAUUGAGUGUAAUUGUUCGAAUGGACAAAGGGGAAAGUGUCAUUGAAAGACAGCUUGGGUUUGUUGAUGUUAGUUGUGAUAGGACUGCAACUGCUAUAUCAUCAGUGGUUAAGGGUAAGUUAAGUCAAUAUAAUAAUGUGAAAGAGAAAUUUAUUGGACAGACUUAUGAUGGUGCAUCUGUUAUGUCUGGUCAUCUCAAUGGUGUUCAAGCUCAAGUUCAGCAGGAUUAUCCUUAUGCUCAAUUUGUUCACUGUGCUGCCCAUAGACUAAAUCUAGUAUUAUGUCAAGCUGCAUCCUCCAUCUCACCUGUUAAGAUUUUCUUUGUUAAUAUUAGUGCUUUCUGCACCUUUACUAGCAAUUCCCCCCAAAAGAAAAGCUUUACUAUCAUCCCAUAGGCUUGAGUUUCCUAGUCCUGGUGACACAAGAUGGUAUUAUAGGGCUCAUGUCAUCAAUGUCUUGCAUUCUAACUAUGAGAAACUGAUAGACAUAUUUGAAAAUCUUACUGAUAAUCCAAUAGGUUGGGAUGAUGAAACGUUAAGUAAGGUUACUGGUUUACUUGCCUACCUUAAUGGCUUCUUGUUUUGUUUCUUGGUACAUGUU